AUGGAAGUAAAACCCAUUCCAAACAUCACCAAAAAUGUAAUGAGGGACUGCAUGAUCACACAGAUGGUUCCACAUUUUAAGACCAAAUGGCCUGAAUUUGCAAGCAAGGACAUAUUCAUCCAACAAGACAAUGCAAAGCCACACAUAAAGCCAGAUGACCCGGAGUUUGUAGCAGUUGCAAGACAAGAUGGAUUUAAUUUCCAACUUGUCUGCCAACCUGCUAAUUCCCCGGACACCAACGUGAAUGACCUCGGUUUUUUUAGGGCAAAUCAGAUAUUGAAAGACCAGAAACCAGCCAAAAAUGUGGAAGAACUACUCAAGAAUGUGCAAGAUGCUUAUGAAGAGUACCCUCCAGAGAAGCUUAAUCAUGUAUUCCUCACACUACAAAGUUGCUACCAGGAAAUCAUCAAAGAUAAGGGAGGCAACAACUAUAAGAUCCCCCACAUGAACAAGGAAAGAUUGAGCAGGCUGCAGAUACUACCAGAUGUACUAGCUGUUGAGGAACAACUAGUACAUGACACAAUUCAGUUCAUAAACAUGCAGGGAACUCAAGAGCAAAGACAACACAGCAUAGAUCAGUUAGAGCUCAGACUCCAACAGGUGGUAAUCAAUUAG